ACAGGUCAGCAUCGUGUGAGUGAUAGCAAUGCUAUCUAUACACCUUGUACAGGUGUGCGAAUUCUAGGAAGCCGUGCUACAGGUUCAGGUGAAGACCUGGAGGUUGCAUUGUGUAACAGUCUUUAUCUACUGAGGUGAGCUCCGACUGAGGGGACAGACUGGGACUUCAUGUUCUGUUCACAUUACAGACAUCUGCCAAGCUGUGCUACAGGCUUUUGUUCACAGGCCAGGUGGACUUGUGUGAGGCUGUCUUUGUUGUCACCGAGGCUGCUGCCUAUUUGUAAGUGAAGUCAACAGUGACGUCACUAUAGUGUACUGACCACAAGAUAGUCGAAACAUGGCGACCAUGGAGGUCAAUAUGCACAACAGGACAUUGCUGAAAUCUCUCAGAGAAGGCGACUUAAUCGAGUUUCCUCGUGGUCUUUAUUCACACUGGGCUGUGUAUGUAGGUAACCAACAAGUCAUUCACCUGGCAGGCGAUGACAAUGACGGACUCGAUGCACAGGUGAACUUUACUCACCUGACUAGUUUCAGUGGAGAGUGCUACAGCAAGGCGACUGUCCGCGUUGACAACUUCCUGGAUGUUGCUGGAAGGGACAAGGCAAAAAGAAAUAACUGUUUGGAUGGAGAAAAGCGCCCACUGUCUCCCCAAGAGAUCGUACAGAAAGCCUGGUCUAGACUGAAUGAUGUUGGCUACAAUGUCCUCAUAAAGAACUGCGAGCACUUCGCCACCUCGUGUCGCUAUGGGGAGGCCAGCAGUGACCAGGUGGACUUCUGGGUGAAGACAGCUGCCAUUGGUGCCACAGCUGCUCUCGCAGGCGGUUUGAUAGCAGCUGUUAUGACGCGCGAUAACAAGUCGAAGAAGCAGAGCCAAUGGCGUUGACCUAUGACCUGCAUUGCUGCUGACCAUGGAGUUUAUGCAGAAGCUACUGCAAGAGCGCGUAAUGCGAUGAUAAUACAGAUCAUUAAGAUUCAAUACAGCCAUGUGGUGACCUUUGUGUUUGUUGUUCAAAGGCGGCAUCAAAUAAAGUAUUGGUAUUGAACAGAG